UGCGGUGUCUAAAUUCACAUCUGUUGUCAACUUUGUUGUCAGCAACAGUUGCUGUAGUUUGAUCGGUACAAACUGUAGAGUAAAGGUAGACUCUUGUGUUGUGUGUGCAGCGGCACAGGGUGCUUUAUACGCUUACACACACACACACACACACACACACACAAGUGUCUGUGCUCGGCUUCAUCUUAUACCUGGACCUGUGUUGAGACUCCCAGCAGGACGUUACUGCACCACCGGCGCCAAAUUCAAACCUAAGGCCAGUAAGCGAGCUCUGUCCAUGUUUCCUGCCAGACCAUGGACUUAUAUAACAUGAACUUGGAUGAAUCCACGUCCGGUUCUGAUGCUGCUGAUGUUUUAAUUCGCUCCACUAAAGCAGUUAUUGACCAAAAGAGACAGAAAAACCUGAGUGAAAAUAUGGAGUCGGCCUUAUCUUGCCCCAGAGAUAUUAAUAUUUAUGUGCGGAGACUUUCAGACUCUGUUCAUGGUUCCUGUGUGGCUGAAAGUGGAUUUCUGGAGGAGAUGGUUCCUCCUGUGCUUCCUGUAAACACACAUUCAGCUUCACCCACAGCACCUGAAGACCAAUAUCAUACAGCAGCAAAUCCAGUUGCCAGGAGAAGUGAAGGGAGGCACCAGAUAAGACUUCCUAGAGCAGGUAGAGAUACACUUAAAACAUCAGGCACCCAAACAAGAGACAAGGAGCAAGAAGGGAAGGAUGUGUUAAUAUCGAGGUACUCCGCUCAUGGGAGAGGUGCUGUUGUAGCUGCCCUAAAGCACAGAUCCCACAGUGCACCGGUGAGGCGGGAGGUAAAGGUGCAGUUGUUGGAUGCAGGACGUCCACAAAGCAGUGAACCAAAACUUCCUGAGGUCCAGCCUAACACCGCUUUAUCAUCAAGGGAUGCUGAAGCUGCUUCAACUGCGGCAGCCAUUACAGCUGCUGCUAUUGCAGCCACAGCUCCUCUCAUCAAGGCCCAGAGUGAUAUUGAGGCUCGUGUGGCUCAGGUGGCGUCUGAGUUGCGGCGACUCCACGAAGCCGAGGGCAGAGUGAACAACGCAUCAGAGAGCAGAUCAGGCAGUGGUGCAGACAGAGUGGUCCAGCUGCAAGAGCAGCUGACUGUACUGACCCAGCAGAGGCUUCAACAUCUGGAAAUGAUCCAAGGCCAACAGCUUGAGCUGCAGAACCGUCUCUUGGGCUCUGCUCUGGAUGCUGUAACAGCACGUACCAUCCCACCCUCACAAUCCAGACUUUAUACAGGUUCUGGUGUAACCCUGCCAGCGUGUGUACACAGGCCAGGGUUUAGCAGGCUUCAUGUUGUGGAAAAUGCUGCUGCAGGAAAUUCAGACCCUACAGUUGCCCAGGAGCAAAUCAGGGAGACUCAGAGAGGAGAGGGGAAAAGUCAGCUAGAGAUGCUGGCACCUCGUAAUGUCAUCCCCAAACCCACCCACUGGAAUCGUGCAGCCUACAGCAAACAGAACAGGACACACAACCCUCCACAGACAAAGCACAGAAAUGGCAGGCUGCAGGAACAGAUCUCUAACAACCAGAAAUCUACAAGACAUCCAGCACAGCCUGAUGGAGUAAGGCAGGUUGCCAUAGCAACAGUCAAUGACAGCCAACCAGAGCAUUCAAGAGAGAACUCAGGAGAAACAUCCAUCUUUCCCACUGGAAGGGCUGAACCAGAGAGGCCAACUGGUGCACUGACCAAGCUUCUGAGCACAAACGAGAGCCAAGUAAGCCUGAAGGGAGUGCCUACUUUAAUCCAUGCAGCUCCAAGCAGCUCCAGCUCCGCUGUACAGCAGGCCAAUGCAAUGCUGAAGGAUAUGAGCAGACUCAAAAAUGAGAUGAGAAACUUAAUCCAGACUGCUGAUGCAUUUCCUGUGAAGCUUGCCGAGCCAAGCCACCCCACACCCCCCACCCUGCCCUCUCCUCCACCCCAGCCCCCACCCCCAGUCUCCAUGCCAUCAGAGCAGGAUGAUGAGGUCACUCCUAAGGCUAUUACUCUGUCUCGACCCAACCAGCUACAGGAUAGCCAUCCACCUGCUUCCAUGUUUGAGGAUGCGGAGCGUGUCCUGAGGCAGGUCAGACAAAGCCGGAAGGUUCUAGAGGAGAAUCUGCAGGCAAUUUUGAGAGCCAAGGAUGGAGAGGUGCUUCAUACACAAUUAGAGGCACUGUCAAACAACAGGAAUGCCAGUGAGGAGCUGAGAAUAAAAAAGACCGUUGAUGCCUGGAUCAACACACUGAGCAAGGAGAUUCAGGAUGAGCUAGCACAACAUGGAUCUGUUGUUCAGAUGAAGGCUGUAGAGAGAGAUAGUGUGGCAGCAGGCGGAUCAGCGCAGCGGGAUCAGAGCAGCAGGAGCAAGAGCGCAGCUGGGAAACAGCCUGGAAGACUGGGGAGAGAGCGGAAAGGAGCCACUGCAGCGGCGAGGAAGAAAACCUCUCACAGAGACUCCAAUAGCCCACAGGCAGCGAGCGCACAGGCUUCCAGCCAAGAGCUUGCCUCAUCUUUCAGAAACAGCACUGAGCAGCACCCACAGGUGUCAGUGGUGCUGAAGUCUGCAGGUGAUGAAGCUUACCUAACGAAGGUGUACGGGAAAGCCCUGUAUGAAGGACAUCGGCACACAGUAAAGAAAGGCCCCUACCUGCGUUUCAGCUCUCCCACACCAAAAUCCAAAGUGCAGCGACCUAAGAUGAUAGAGAGAGUUAAAGGUGUGAAGAUGAAGUCCUGCAAGACCCAGACCAGAGUAUCUGGAGCUUGUGAUACAUCUCUCUUGCAGCCUGUGACCUCUGAGCCCCAGUACCUGUUCAGUCCUUGCAACCCUACCCAGGAGCAGCAGCCUGGCUCUCUGUUAAAAGGCUACCUCUUGCCCAUGGCCAUCCCUCUGGGCAAGCCCAGAGUUGAUGGCCAGGCUGCUUUGCCUUCACGAGUCAUCAUUAGUGACAAGCCUGCAACUGUGAUAACCUCCAUCCCUCCUGCCCCCAAAGUGGCUCCUCUUAUCCGUAAGCCCAACACAUUGCUGCUGGAAGUUCAGUCCGAACACAGGAAACCUGCCCCACACCUCGAAAUACAGGUUCAACCCAGUGUGAACAUUGAGAGUGUAUCAGCCCUGAGCCAUACGCCCUCUCCCUCACCUCCUCCUCUUCUCCCUCCUCCAUCCUUUCAGACCGGCGCAGACGCCCAAGCGUUCGAAGAUGAGGCUGAGGAGAAUGAUGGCUUUCCUGGAACCAACUUCUUGGAGGUGGCAGACAACAGCCAGGAGCCUGAGAUGGAGGGAGAAUUUCCUGAUUCUCCUAUAGAGCUGCAUGGACUGCCCUCUCCUCCAGUUGCUCUGUACCAUGGUCCGACUUUCCCAACACAGCCAAACCAGCCUAGACCCCUCACCCAGCCCAUACUCACCACCAUCCAGCACAGAGAGACCCUGGAGAACAGACUUGUGGACUGGGUGGAGCAGCAGCUAAUGGCAAGGUUGGUCAGUGGGAUGUUCCCUCAGCCAGCCCAUACAGACCCAGCCACCCAAUCAGAGCCAGAGGACAGCGUCACCUCAGACACCACAGUGGAGACAGUGGGAGGACUGCAGCUGGUUGUGGAUCCUGGCAUGCCAGUGGACUCGGAGCUCAUCCGGCAGUAUGUGAAUGAGGUGCUGGCUGACAUAAUCGCCCUAACACUGGGCCAGAGAGAGGGCCCAAGAGAGCCUCCUGCUUCAGUUUCAACACAGGAUACACACAUUCCGCAGGAGAGUGCAGUUCUGACACCAGUGCCCACUCCCGAGCCCAGUGUGGAAGAGAGUCCUCCAGCACUGAGGGAGGCACCAUCUCCAAUCAGCACUCCAGAUCUCUCAGAGCAUCCUUCCCCUGCUCAAUCACCCAGAGAUUCCCAGCAUGCACAGCCUCAGAAGCCAGUUUUACCAGAACCAGAAAAGGAUCCAGUGGAAACACCUAUAUGCACUCCAGUUCCAUCCCCCCGAAGAACAGAGAUGCCUGAGCCAGCAAACCUGCACAAGCAUCCAUGGGGUGAUGUAGAACUUCCUCUUACAGAGGAGAAACCACACAGUGAGGGAGAGGAGCAGCAGCCACUACCAGUCAGUGUACUGUCAGUAGCCCAUGAGGAGGAGGAAGAGGCAAUCAUCCAUCCAUUCUCUCCAGUUCCCCCCAAACCACAGAAUCCUCCAACUGCUGUAGUAGAGCAUACUGAACCUGCUCCUCCAGAGUCUCCGUCUGUGAAGGAGAACAGCUCACUCUCCAGCACCUCCAUCACAGAGACAGAGACAGAGACUGCAGCCAGACACAUCUCUGAGGGAGAGCUGCUCCUCAGCUGCGGCCAGAUGGCUGCAGUCAGAGCUUUGGCGGAGGAGGGCUUCACUUUGCAGAACUUAAUGACAAGCUUCAACAGCUCCCUGCAUGGAGUCCAAGAUAUGGAUUAUGAUCCUCCAAGUGAGGGUGAGGUGAUGAGAAGGCCGCUUGUUUCUGCCCACCAUGACCCAGUCCUUUCACUGCUGGCUCGGAUGGAGCAGGGUCCAGUCAGCCAAUCACAGCAACCAAAGAGGUGGUGGGAUGAGGAGAGCAGUGGGGAGGUGAGCGAGGGGCAGCGGCCGGUUCUGACUGAAGCACAGGAGAGAGUGGUGAUGGGACACUCUCUCAUCCCGCAGCAUCACUCUAUCUCUGCAGAGCAGUCACCCCACGCUACGCUGAGUUCACCUGGGCAAUCACCAUCUCAGCACACAGGUGAAAAAGGUGCAGUAGCUAAGAAUGGUGGGCUGUCAGUUAACGUCUCCCUAUCAGCAGAGCACACAGAGUCUCCACAUGUUCUUCACUCGUUUACUGCAUCUUCCCUUCAGCCAGGAGUCUACACACACCAACAGGCUGCUGAGACUCGACCUUUAGUACACAGACCGACGCCAAUACUGGUGAAGCAAUACAAAAGCACAGAGGAGCCAGAAUUGCUCCACCAAAGAAGGAGCUCGAAUGACACAGCUGUCUGCUUUGAGGACAUGGAUAAAGGAGCUCAACGAACAGGAGCAGGCCUGGAGCUAAUGUCAGUUCAGCAGCGGUCUGGCCAAAGGGACAGCCAGUCUCCCACUAUCAGCAUCGUAGAAAGUGAUUCAGACUCAUUCAGCGACGUGUUCUAGCACCUGUGGAGCUAUCCCUGUGUCAUGUCUCCUGCAGGUCUCAGUGGGCAGGAGCUGAGGAAAUCUCUAUCAGACUGAGUGGAGCUGUGGGACCAGGGUGAAUUAUUUAUCACUGUGCCUUGGGAAAGGAUGAAAUGAUAUGUCUUGUGGUUAGUGUGAGAGUGUUUUGCUUAAUGGUUUAUGGCACCACACUUGCCAUAACUAGAUCUGCCUGAACAUGUGAUACUGUGCCAUUCAGGUGGUUUUAAUUGUGUGAAAAGGAAAAUGUGCUUAUUGGUUAGUCAUACAUAUAGGUUUUGCACUUUCAAACCAAUAAAUUUUUUUAUCACUAAA